GUGGUUAACUUGGAAGGUCUGGAAACGAGACACAAUAUUUCAAGCGCGAAAACUGAACUGAACUGAAACUACAAAAAAGUCAAAAUUUAAAAGGUAUCUGGUCAACUGGAAGACAAAAACAGUAAAAAACAUGAGAGCGAUACGUUUACAUUGCAUUUUAGCACAGUUCAGGAGUGAGCGAUGAUCAAGAAUAGAAGUGCCCCAAAGCCAGGCUUGAGACCAAGCCCGAAUGAGGCGAAUAAUCUUAUACAGGCUGAAAUAGAGAGACGUCGCAAACUUCGUAUUAAACAGGUGCGAGAGCAAGAAAAAGCAUUUGCACUCAAGUUGAGAAGGAAUGUGAAAAACAAGCGGGAAAAUGAAUUAGAACUUCUUUCACAACAGCUCAAGCAACAAUGGAAGGAGAAGCAAUUGGUGCAGCAAGCAAGUCUAGAGAAAAAGUACCAUGAAAAUCUUGAAGGGUUUGGAGAAGGUCAUCAUGCCGCCUUCAAGGAUGAGGAUGCAGAGAAGCCAGACCACAGAGAGCUCACAAAGGAAGAAAAGAAAAAAGCAUUGGAGCGACACAAUAAAGCAAUGAUUAAGCUUAUGAUUGAUCGGGCUCAAGAUCAGCAGUCUGACUUUGACAAAGCAGAAGCGAGGAUGCGUGCAAUGGAAACUGAAAGAGCAAGGGCAGCCCAUAUGGCUUCUCUUCCCAGGCCCAAGGAUGCCAUACUGAACUUUGACUUGUCAAGGCUAACACAUGGUGAACAGAAGGUACAGCCACAGAAUGCAGAGCAUUUCAAAUCCACUCACUACCACUUGCAACCAGUGGUUCAAGUUACAAGAGAGCCAGCUCUGAAUGACCAGGUCAAUGCAAAUGAGGCUGCAGAAGAAGUGGGAGAAAUCAUCGACAAUGUUAUUGAGGCAUCUAAGCGCAGUCAAGCAGAGCAGACAGAGAAAGCAUGGUUGAGGCACAAACACGCUCUGGCCCAGCACCAGCUAGCAGAGGAUCACAAGGCAUUGAUGACUGAGCUGAGCGGACUUGAGCGGCUCGACCGGCAGAGAAGACAAGAGGCUGUCGCGAGAAUACCGGUACGGAUAUUUCAGCCCCCUCAUAAACGCGUGGAGGACGCUGAAGAGCGGCAGAAAGACUUGGAGCAAGCUUUCGAGGACAUGUACAUGAUACAAACAGGUUACACAGGAGAUUUGACGAUAGCACUCGAGAGAGCAGAGAGUUCCCCCUUGCAGCCUCCAGCGUCAUCUGAAAGUCCAAAGGGAUCCACCAUGGCGCAUGAGAUAGUUGUUGACCUACAGGACAACUCCAAGCCUAAGACACAAGAGGUCACUGUGAUACCUGUUGAAGACAGCCGCGAGAGGGAUGACUCGAGAAGCGAAGACGAGGAGAGCAUUGUGGAGAAAGAAGAUAUUCCUACCCGGCAGGACCCUGUACGACGCCUUCUUGGAAGGAUCCAAAAACAGCGAGACGAUUGGAAGAGACGGCAAACAACUGAUGAAGAAGAAGACAUCGCCGACCAAAAGAUGUCAGCUGCGAGACCUGCUGGAAAAAAGGCACAAAGGAGUGCAAAAGUGCUAACCCCGCUCGCAGAAGAAGAAGAACCCCUUCAUGACACCCCAUCAGCCCCUGCAAUGCUAGACCGGCCUCAGGGCCCCUCGACGCGGGACAUCACAGACCAAGAUGACGCAGCCUCGCCGUAUAAGGGGCGCGCAUUGCUUCAUCCUUUUGAGGUGGCAAAGCAAGCAAGAGCUGUCACGCCAACCACUGAUGAGACCGAGGACAAACAGCCCGUAUCGACCUCCGCUCUGUCGCAAGAGCAGCAUCUCCUGGAGCAGCAAAAGCUAAAAAUGCAGUUACAAGAGCAGAAGUUGAUCCAAGAGAGGCUCGAGGAACAGUUGAAGGAAUACCACAACAAGUUAAUGGAUGUUACCGGCUCUAUGAAAGACUCUGGCAGGGGUACAGGGUGGUUUCUACCUCAACAAGGGGUGAUUGGGGGUCCAGACGGGCCCACCCCAACAUCUAGUACAGGAAUACUAUCCACCCAACAUGCGUGUGAUGCUCCUAGUGAAAGUGUGCCACUACCCCAACAUCAGUACAGCUUACCCGAUGAAAGGUUACGUCCUUUUACAGAAGAUCAACGCUCUUCUAAUGCAAGGAUAGCUCGAAUGCAGGAUCCGAACACGUCCUCUGGGGUACCAGUGGCCCCUGUUGAGGAAGUUUAUCCAGCUCACGAUGCAAAGCAUAUUUCAUCCCAGGAACGAUCAACUGGGAACUUCCCCUCUACGCAAUAUCCUUCUGAUCAUUCUAGAUCACUGGUGGGGCAGGCUAGCGACACUAGUACUCUGGAAUCCGGGUCUCUAAGAUUGCUGGAGCAAACUGAGGAGGAGCCUUCAGACACUACUAGUGGUAUGUCUACAGGCGCUCGAAGUGAUAUCCGGAGAAGUCUUGAUGAAGGAGAGAGUGGGGCGUCUUCAAGUCCACCAAGCUCUGCAUCAGGGCAACAGCCCUCAAGUGCCCAAUCACCUGGACGAUUCCAGAUAGUAUCAGGCACCUCUGCUGAUAACAGCUCCACCAGAAAACCAGGCUAUGAGUACCCUUUUCCCUUGGAACCUGGUUGGGGUUUGAAGGUCGUGUCAGCUAGUUCCUCUUCCAGUAUUGCUUCUAGCGUACCCAGCAGUAUGUACUCCGGGCCAACACCCUGGAUUCCAAGUUCUGCAGCCCGUUACACUUUGGCUGUCUCCCCGAUGCUACAGUCGCCAAGGUCGUCGGGAAGUAGUGGUCAAGAUCAGGAGGAGCUGCUCUCUCAGUCUUUGAGCUCUUAUAGCCAUAGUACAGAGUCAGACAGAGUUCGCAUUCAAGAGCAGUCGCCUCAAAUGGUAGACCAUCUUCAACCCUCUUUUGUCCCUACGAAUGUACAGAAGUUUAACUGGGAUCGUACCUCUCCCACUAGUACAAACCUUUCUGAUGUCCUGGCAAGUGUCAGGCAAGGUGUUGCGGUUUCAAAGCGAGCAGAUCCAGUACUCAGGCCUAGCCCUGGUGGACCCUCAGUGAGUAAUGAGACCGGUCUUAGCACUGGUCAGUCUCCUGGUUAUCUGGACGUGUACCGGAAAAAGUGGGAGGAAGAGCGCAAAUUGAUCAAGGCACAAAGGGCGGAGAUCCGACAAAGACAAGAGAAACAGACACGACGCAUGAGGUACUACCAGAAUAUCAUUGAGCGCCAUGGAUACAUUAGUCCACAGGCAGAGUCAGGAGUACCACGAAUGGACAGUCCUCUUGGAGAGUUGGGGUUACACCAAACGGACAGUCCACAGGCAGGAGGUAAAGACAGUUCAACAUCGACUAAAUCCCUUGUAGACCUGCCAAAACAGUUUAUUGACACCAAGAACAGCAGCAGUGGGAGGUCCACGCCUGAUACUCUUGGGGAUUUCCUUGGACGGUAUAGACAAAGUUUAGAUCUGAAUGCUCAUACCAAAGAUACCAACAUGAGCCCAAAAGAUCCCAACAGAGCACAAGUCCCAACCCCUGUAUGGCAGGCAAGAUCAAGUACCGGUGAUACACACUCUACUAUUACUAGAAUCAGUGUCCGUAAUGUUAUUACUGAUUCACAAGGUUCAAGCUCUAGUGCCCUAACCUAUUCACAGUCCUCUACUAUAACAUCGUCUGACACUGUCUACAGUCCUUUACCAAAUUAUCUUGGGCAGUCUAAACAUGAUGAAGUAUGUUCCAGAGCCACGCCCCAACAUGCCAACAUCGACACCAAAGAACCAGGCCCAACUGGUCGUUCGAUUGACCCCUCGUCUAGGAUUCAAGAAGGUAGCAGGGCCGUGGAGAUUUCUCAUGAAAUUUUAGUGUCUGAGGAAAGUAGUGAAGGCUUUUCAAGUCAGGUUGGCAUCGGCGAACCUGGGGUUUUUUCUGAGGAGGAUCAGCGCUGGUUCAUUCCAUCCCGAUCUGGGACGUCUCAACGCUCAAGUGAAACACCCAACCAAGCCACGCCUUUCUACAGUGAUCCUUUUUCGCCUGGCAGAGAUGUGUACAAUCGCGUGAUCUCUACCGGUCCUCAUUCGGACUCUCAAAGCAGCGGUACAAGCUCUAGUCCUCAAACACAACAGUGGUUUAUCCCCCAAAAAGCGAGCACAAGCUCUGUCGACUUCCUGCACUCCCACUUUCGGCAAGAUCUGCCCUUCACCGAAAAAACACCAAGGGAUUGGCAGGUCCCUAUGCGCGCUGGGAGCUCUACUACUAGUCCCUGGCCCCCAAUGGAGACUAUGAGAGCUAGGGUGGAGACUGAGACACAAGGUGAAGAGGAUUUCUCGAGAAGACCUGGUUUUGGACAAGAAUUAAGUUACCCUGGGAAGACGCCAAGGGUAUGGCAAGUCCCCAUGCGCGCUGGGAGCUCCACCACAAGUCUUUGGCCACCCAUCGCGAGUACGGCCAAUGGUGGCCAAGGCGACUGGCGUUUCCCUCCCCGUGCAGAUGCCUCGUCCUCGAGUGUUUUUGUGCCUGUACCAUCUUAUGAUAGACCAAACGCGCAAGAUAGACAAGACGAAGCAUAUACUGGCGGCGAACAAGGGACAUGGCAUGUCCCCGUGCGUGCAAGCGGGUCAUCAUCCAGUGCUAUUGGACCUGUAACGUCUCAUGGUAGACCACACCCGCAAGACAAACAAGACGAAGGUCAUGUCCCCGUACGUGCUAGCGCCUCAUCAAUCAGCGCUUUGGGACCUGCUCCGUCAGCCACCCCAUUUCAUCCGAAAUUCUCAAGAGAGCACUCCAGCCCAAUGCGCUAUGAUACACAAGACAACUCAUUAGCGGAAGACUCUAGAUGGCAGUUGGAAAACUCUUCUUCUGAUUUCCUUGGUCCUGUCUUGCGCGAACAGUCCGCCUUCAGCCCCGGGGAACAUGAGUGGCUGUAUGUCCCACCAUCAACUGCUUCACAGUCUACCACACCAGGUGAUCGAUCUAGCCCCGGGCAUUUAGCCAGCCCUGGGCAUGUAGGAAGUCCCAGGUAUGAAGCUAGCCCCGGGCAUUUAGCUAGCCCCCGCUAUUUUAUCAGUCGAGGACAGUCUGCCGAUCAAAGGUAUCCAGAGAGUGAUUUUGCCGUCCCUGGGCAUUCAGGAAGUCGUUCUGCUGAAAACCCACGGUUUUCUACCAGUCCCGGGCAUUCCGCCGACUUAGACCAUUCUACAAUCCCAGGAUAUUCGGCAAGUACGGCGUAUAGCGAGACCCGCGAUUAUGGUGCUGAUUUGGAUACUGGCAGCGAUGAUCGUAAAUACGAUCUCUCGUCUCGACAACUUUCAGAUCGCCCCAGUAACACCGCUUCGCUCAUUUCCGGUAGCCUUGUGUCCGAGGUUUCCAUGUCCGACUUCAGGCAUGAAUCAUCUGAAAAUUCCGAAAGACUUACGACCGUUAAUGACGAGGAACAAUCAGGCGGGAGCAAGGAGCAGGAUAGGAUAAGCUCCAUCCAUACGUCCGACAUAUCAAAUCAUGGGAGCCUUCUAUCACAAAGUGCCCACUCGGCAAGCAUGUCAAGCAGAUUCAGCGAUCAAGGUGAGAUGUUGUCAAGAAGCGGAGCUUCUGUUACUAUGAAGGGCUUGGAAGCGGAGAAUAUACAUCACUCGCCGCGUGAGGAAGCACGUUACCCGCGCGAAGACGCACAGAUUCAUGAGGGACCACUUGAAGCGCGCGAUGGAACGCGUGACACGCGCGAGGAGACUGAGAGUGAUACCCUAUCCUUGCCGCCAGACAGUCACAGCAUCCCUCUACAAGCCGCCUUCCUUCAGCGGAAGCAGGACUUCAUCAAGAGGUCCCUUGCAAGAGUGGACCAGGCCAAAGCGAAGCGCUACGAGUCGCAGCCUCAAGUGCACGUCAAACAACGGAGUAAACCUGUGAAACAGGUUAGUAAACCUGCAAAACCAAUUAGAGGUGGCAAAUCUGCUAAAACUAGCAAGCCCUCGAAACCGGCGAAACCCAGAAGGACUAGCAAGAUGUCAAGGAGCUCAAUAGCUGGACCUUGACGAAGGCAAAUAUUCCAUUUAAAUAUUGAUGACUGUGUGCGAGAGGCACGAUAUUUCGAUGAUCUUUUAGCCGAUGUACCCUACGCAGUAUAAUGGCUGACGCUAUGUAUGAUGCUUCAGGUCGUGUUGUCUAUGUUUUCGGUGUGUAAAUAGUUUGCCAAUGAAACAGGGCCUAUAAGAAGAGACUUGUAUUCACCUAACAUUUACCUGUCAAGCGUUUGGUUAGAGGUUUCAUAAUAUUGUAAUAUAGAGUGCACCACGGC